GUGCUCCUGUGCGCGGGUCCACUUGGGACGGGUCCCUGAGUAGGUGAGGAGGUGGGUAGGAGCUUGCUUAUAGAAACGUGGAAUCGAGUAGUCCUUGCCGGUGGAGCCGCUGCCGCCAGGGAACUCAGGGCCGGCUCCUGUUCCUUCAAGAGUGCUGGAGGCCAAACUUGAAAUACAAGUUUAAGGUUCCCCAUUGGGCAAAAGAUAAGGAUCCGAUCUCCCCCGGCCGGGUGUGCAGCAGGAGCGACCAACCCCGACCCGGGUUAAAACUCCCAGGGACUCUUCGUUGCUGCCACCUCUUGUUCUCUCCCCCGUUCCCACUCGGUGUCUCCCUCAGGGCCGGGAGGCACAGCGGUCCCUGCUUGCUGAGGGGCUGGAUGUACGCAUCCGCAGGUUCCCGCGGACUUGGGGGCGCCCGCUGAGCCCCGGCGCCCGCAGAGGGCUUGUGUUUGCCUCCUGCAUCCUCAACCCGGAGGGCAGCGAGGGCCUACCACCAUGAUCACUGGUGUGUUCAGCAUGCGCUUGUGGACCCCGGUGGGCGUCCUGACCUCGCUGGCCUACUGCCUGCACCAGCGGCGGGUGGCCCUGGCCGAGCUGCAGGAGGCCGAUGGCCGGCGUCCGGUAGACCGCAGCCUGCUGAAGUUGAAAAUGGUGCAGGUCGUGUUUCGACACGGGGCGCGGAGUCCUCGCAAGCCGCUCCCGCUGGAGGAGCAGGUAGAGUGGAACCCCCAGCUAUUAGAGGUCCCACCCCAAACUCAGUUUGAUUACACAGUCACCAAUCUAGCUGGUGGUCCGAAACCAUAUUCUCCUUACGAUGCUCAAUACUGUGAGACCACCCUGAAGGGGGGCAUGUUUGCUGGGCAGCUGACCAAGGUGGGCAUGCAGCAGAUGUUUGCCUUGGGAGAGAGACUGAGGAAGAACUACGUGGAAGACAUUCCCUUUCUUUCACCAACCUUCAACCCACAGGAGGUCUUUAUUCGUUCCACUAACAUUUUUCGGAAUCUGGAGUCCACCCGUUGUUUGCUGGCUGGGCUUUUCCAGUGUCAGAAAGAAGGACCCAUCAUCAUCCACACUGAUGAAGCAGAUUCAGAAGUCUUGUAUCCCAACUACCAAAGCUGCUGGAGCCUGAGGCAGAGAACCAGAGGCCGGAGGCAGACUGCCUCUUUACAGCCAGGAAUCUCAGAGGAUUUGAAAAAGGUGAAGGACAGGAUGGGCAUUGACAGUAGUGAUAAAGUGGAUUUCUUCAUCCUUCUGGACAACAUGGCUGCCGAGCAGGCACACAACCUCCCAAGCUGCCCCAUGCUGAAGAGAUUUGCACAGAUGAUUGAACAGAGAGCUGUGGACACAUCCUUGUACAUACUGCCCAAGGAAGACAGGGAAAGUCUUCAGAUGGCAGUAGGCCCACUCCUCCACAUCCUGGAGAGCAACCUGCUGAAAGCCAUGGACUCUGCCACUGCCCCCGACAAGAUCAGAGACAACAGUAGAAGCCCAGUGGUUAAACACACAGGCUCUGCAGAUGGACUACCCAGGUUGAUGCUCCAUCCUUUAGGAUCCAUAUGACCUUGAGCAAGUGACAACUUCUCUGCAUUUUAAUCUAUAAAAUGGGAACAAGAAGAGUGCUUACCUCAUAAGGCUUUGUGAGGAAUAAACACAUAAAGCAUUUAGAGCAAUGGCUGGCACAUAGGCAAGCUAAAAAAUAUUAGCGAUUAUUUGUUUUUAAGUGUUUAUUAUCCCCUGUAACCUUCUCUGCAAAAAGCAGGAACCUUGUCUGGUUGGUUCACUGCUGUAUGCAGUGAACAUGCUGGAUGCUAUCUGUAGGUCAUAACCUGGCAUGUAGUAGGGACUCAGUUUGUACUUACUGAAUGAAUUUGCUGAAUUAAUAAAGAAACUAAUUCAGUGGUCAGCUGUUCUUCAGGGAAGUGUUCCAUGUUGUAUGAUAGGCCUUUGCCCUAUUGGACAUGUUUUUUUCAAAGAUUUGCAUAAAAUACAACUGAGUAAAGAUACAGGGUGCAGACUGGCCACACUUACUGAAGACAUACAACUGGGGAAAAUCACUUACUGGAUGACUAAUUGAAUGAAUGAAUAAAUGACAGAUGUCUUAGAUAUGUUUGUGCUGAUAUCAGUUUUAGAUCCUAGGCCAAAUAUUUUAAGAUGAAACUUAAUGGAGACAAAUG